AUGUCAGCGCAACAGCACAUCCAGCUGGCCAAGGCCCUGCCGGGACGCCUCCAGCGCAUCCUGGCCCGGUGGCCGCACCCCUCGAUCGUGCCGCCGAACCACGUCCCGACCGGCUUCCAGCUGCAGGCCCCGAACCCGUUCGCCGCCACGAAACACCCCGUGACGGGCCUGUACCACGACCCCAAGUACUCGCUGCGCCGGCAGGCCGAGAUCGUCAAGCUCGCGCGCGAGCACGGCGUCGAGGAGCUCCUCCCGCCCACGGUCAAGGGCACCGAGAACCGCAUCGCCAAGCGCGUCGAGUUCGGUCUGAGGGUCAAGGGUACCGGUGUCGGACAGAAGGUCAAGGGAAAGAUCCACGAGAGAAUGGUGAUGCCCAGGAUGGAGAAGAGGAGAGAGGCUAUACUCGCCAUGCCCAAGCUUAUCAAGGAGUGGAAGAAGGUUGGAAAGAAGAACUGGACAAAGUUCCCCAAAUAA